AAGGACACAUUCAUCGCCCGGCGCAGAACAAACGGCCGCCAUCGGUCGCGGAAAGCCAUGUGUCCAGUGCCAUGGAGGAUGCGGCUGCCUUGGAUCGGCGCUGGCCCCCGAGACAGGUGCCAGCGGACCUGGAGGCGGAAGCGCAGCGGCUCUUGGACUGGGCCCAUGGCGACUGGGCCCCCACAGGCGGUGCCGCGGCAGCGACAGCUUCGCCCGCGCGUCGCCCAGCGCCCAGCGUGGGCGUCGCUGCGACGUCGGUGGCGCAUGGGUCGAGCUAUUUGGGGGGCAGAGAGGAUCCGUGGCAGGACAUCCUCAACGCUCGCGACGCGGGCGGCUUCUGCGAGGUGCCACGCUCGCUGCUGCGGCAGCUGCGGCGAGAGGGCGAGGCCCAGCUUGCAGAGAUUGCCGAGUUGCGAGCACAACUCGCAAGGCUGCCGGAUUUGGAGGAUGAAGUGCUGCAGAUGGAAGCGGAACUGCAGGAGCUGCAGAGCAACUGUGUGGUGACCGCCAACGAGAUUGAACUCCGGAAGCUGGAGGCGGAAACGUUGGAGAAGGAAACGGAUCGGCUUUACAACGAGAAGGAGGAACGCGUGAAACGCCUCGAAAUGCUCAAUGCGCAGGCAGAUGAGAUCGAGUUUUGGCUCGAUGCUGCCGGCCAUGCGCCGGUGGGGCCCGAGGGCCGCGCGCGCGUGGAGCGCUACCGGGCGGCGGCCGCCCAGGCGGCCGCAGAGCAGGCGCGGCGCGCGGCGGGCGACACGGCGUCGCUGGAGAUGGCGAGUGAUGCAGCGGUCGUUUUUUCGCCCAUGCAGUGGAAGGAGUCCUUUCAACAGGAAAGCGAGGGACUUCUCGAAGCCUCGGAGCUCGAGGACUUGGAGAAAUUUAUGGAGGCGAUCAAUCCCUCAGGUCGCUCAUUGACCUCCGACGAGGUGAAAGCUGCCGCGGGCAAUCCCCAGCUGGGACUCUCCAGACACCUGCGAGGCUUGGUGGCCAAAGUCACCUCCGAAGCCAUGAAAGAUGCCGCGGGUGGAGGUGGAGCACCUGCUGACGCAGCGCCUGCGGCGCAGCCUGCGUCUUCAACAGCGUCUACAUUGGCUGUGCCAGCUGAGGUGACGCUGGAACCAGUGGAAGCUUCGCCAGACAAGGAAAAGCAGGAGGAGUCGAAAGGUGCCUCCGUGGCUUCCGCGGCGGCGAAGGCAGAGUCGGUGAAACCACCCGCUGCCUCAGAGCCAGCGAAAAGCGCCGCCGCAACCGCCUCCGCAACGGCGGCGAAGGACUCAAAAGCUGCCCCUCCAACAGAUGCCGCGAGCACGGCGAAGGUAGAGCCGAAACCGUCUGCCCUCGACUUAGCGGCUGCUAUCGCGACCACAGCAGCCAAGGCUCCGGUGGAAGAAGAGGCGGAAGAGGACGCAUUCUUCACGAAAGAUGAAUGGAUGGAGUUCUUUCAAGAAGAUGAAGAUAUCUCGCAAGAGGACUUAGAAGUCUUGGACCCUUUGUUGGUGAAGAUGGACACCUCAGGCGACGGCCAGAUCUCGCCCGAGGAGAUCACGGCGGCGCUGGCGGAUCCCAAAUUCCAGAUGCCGCAGGUGGUCCGUUUGAAACUCAUCGAGUUCAUGAAGAGCGUCGGGUGAUUUUUGGAGCUCGGCUGGCGAGAUUCGGCCCCUGUUUUCUGGAAACGACCGAGCGCCCACGAGCUGCGGGAGCUCAAUGGGGGAUCUCGGCGAAGGAGCAUUGCCAACGCGGUCACGAUGUCAGCUGAAACUGGCGAAGGGCGAGGGGGAAAA